GGGGGCAACAUUCCCUACCCACACAGUAACAUAAUUUGGGAACGUCUAAAAUAAUAAUUUGUCCUCUGAGAGCAGGCUGAGCUUCAAGGAGUCUAAAAUAACGUCUCUCCAUGCCUUUUACAAGGAGCAAAGCCUGUCCCUCUGGGUAGAAGCACCAUUUUCCCCACAUUCCUUGGGGUACCUCACAGCCAACGCUCUGGCGGUAAGGAUGGACAACAGUUCUCUCUGAGGUCUCUAUAGCUCUCGGAACAGCAUUAGCCGGAAGAGCCUAGGCAGAGAGACACCAGUGAUUAACCAAUGAGGGAUCAGGGUGAGGCUUUUCCCGGAGUGAGCAUGCGCUGGGGGCGGGACUUCCGCUUCCUCGCCUGGCGGUCAUUUUGCUUGGAGGGUUCGGCGGAGCAGGGAACGGGGCUCCGAAGCAGUAGUCAUCUGUUGGCGACGGUAGCCCUCACGGAGCAGUGAGGGAGGAAGGAGACACCCGCUAGCCAGCCAGGUUGCCCUCAUUUUGACGUCUUUCCCGUUGGCUCGCUGGUCGGGAACGGGAAGUUCCGAGAGGAGGCUAUGUCCCGGCUGCCCAGAGGCGUGUCAAGUUCGGCGACGCAUCCCGGGGUGCAGCGCGUCAGACAUGGGAUAAGGACGGCCGCUCCCGGCCCUCUGAGAACACAGAGUCCGAUGGCGGCGGCGGCGCUGACGGACCCGCCUCAGGUUGGCGUGACCUUUCCGGAUGUUGCUGUGCGCUUCUCCUUGGGGGAAUGGCGGCUCCUUGAUGAGGGUCAGAGACGCCUGUACCUCAACGUGAUGCUGGAGAACUAUGCACUUAUAUCCUCACUGGGUUGUUGCCAUGAAGUGGAGAAUGAGAAGGCUUCUUUUGAGCAGAGUAUUUCUGUUCAAAGAGUGUCACAGAUCAGGACUCCCAAGGCAGAUUCAUCCUUCAAAGAGGCUCACCCCUCACUGGAGACUUCUCACUAG